AUGGCAGUGGAAGUCGAAAGAUGUGCCAGAGUCCUCGACGGCAUCGUUACUGUCUUGGAUGCCUCGGCUGGAGUUCAGGCACAAACGUUGACCGUAUGGCGUCAAGCUGCAAAAUUUCAUCUUCCAUCUGUGUUUUUCGUCAAUAAAAUGGACAAAAAAGAAGCGGAUUUCAAAAAUUCUGUUGAAUCUGUUGAGCAGAAGUUAGGUAUCAAAGCAUUAGCUACGACAUCUCCAAUUUAUGAGAAUGAGAAUCUGUGCGGAAUUGUUGACGCUGUAAGCAAAAAGUUCGUUCCUCUAACUUCUGAUGGUUUGUGGCAGAAUGUUGAGAGUGACACCCCUGUUGGAGAUGUGCUGAGGGCAUCUCGAGAGAAUCUUUGCUGUGAUCUAUCGGAUUUGGAUGCGGAGUUCAUGUCAUUAUUUUUGGACGGAUCUGGUGGAGAUCCCAUGAA